CCCGCUUCAGAGAUACAGAGUCACAGUUCCUAUGUGUCUGUUGGUGUUGGCUUAGAGUGAGUGAGUGAGUGAGAGAGAGAGAGAAAGACAAGUGGAUGCUGUUGCUGUUGUCAUUUGGCCUUUUAUGAUUUGUCGUUCUCAUAAAAUUCAAAAAUAAAGAAAAUCAAAGCAAUGUAGCAAACAAAGAAAGAGUAAAAAAAAAUAAAAAAAGAGGAUAGAAGCUAGUCAGUUGUUGUUAUAAGAGGCGGAGAACCAGGCCAAACGACGCUGCUCCUUCCCCACCUCACUCUUGUUUCCUGUUACAGUGAUUGUUGGUUUCAGUUCAUAACAAGCUCAUGGACAGCCAACGUAGCGCUCCUCUUGGCCUUAGCUGGAGUUAUUUCCUACAAGGAAAGACCAUGGAGGAGCUGAAGCAUUCUCUCUUAUACACCACUCUUGAGCUAGAAACAACAAGACUAACAGCUCAGGAGGAGAUAAGGAAGAGAGAAGAUCAAGUGAUCCAUCUCAAAGGUCUUCUAUGCAGAGCCAUCAGGGAGAGAGACGAUGCCCGAGACAAAUAUCAGAGACUAGUUGUGGAGAAGCUCUUGAUCCUCCAACAGCAGCAACAGCAACAUUACCACCAACCCCAACAAACAACUCCUCUCUCUGGAGUCUCUAGCAUUGAAGAUGAGGCCAGAAGAGGGGUAGACUCCAAUACCGGCAUAUCCUCUUCAGACUGCGAAGAAAGCAUCGUAUCAUCACCGGUGAUGGACUCCAUCCCACCUCCACCAUUGCCGCCACCACCACCAACAACAGCGACAACAACGGUAACGACAAUACAAUUAGAACCAGAUAGACCAUUGCCGGAGAAGGGGAAGCUUUUACAGGCGGUGAUGAAAGCUGGGCCUCUACUUCAAACGCUUCUCCUGGCCGGACCUCUCCCUCAGUGGCGACAUCCCCCUCCUCCGCUUGACGCCCUUGAGAUCCCACCGGUGACCAUUCCUUCACCACCACCUGCUCUCCUGCACCAGGAUUCUUUUAUCAACGGCAUCGGUGACAACAGUUGUGGUAGUAUUGUUAACAGAAGGAAAAGAGGUAUAGUGAACAGUGAAGGCUCUGAUUCUUCCACCAAAUACCAGAGGGUUCUGUAUUGACACUUUCAUCGUUAUCUACUUUUAGCAACUUUUAUUUAUCAGUAUCAAACUUUAAUUUGGAGGAAUUGAGCGAUAUAUGUACAGUAGGGAGUAAUUUGUCUGGAGAGUGGAGAAGAAGCUAUGCUUCCAGACUGAAAGAGAGAGAGAGAGAGAGAGAGUUCCUAGAUUUCUGCCUGUGUGUUGAUGGAGAUUUUUGUCUCUCUUCUUUUGUCAAAUUGGCAUUUUUUUCUGAUGUGAUUGGGGUUCGAAUUCUCCACAAUCCAUCUUGAUUAAUUUGUAGUA